AUGCGCAACACAAACACCUUUGGCGAUAGUCUACGCAGCCAGAGCUCUGUGCAGCUCAUGGGCUUCAUUGACAAGUGCGUGCGCGUAGAUGUAAAGGAGACGACAGACGAAGAGGAGCUGCGCAUUCGUGGCUACGAGACGCUGUUGGAAGCAAGCACAGCUGUAUUAUCCUGCAUUCAAGUCCUGCGUCGGAUCAUCCGGGAGCAUACGUAUGGCCGAAUGGGACGCGAGCUGCAGCAUUUGUCGCUGACAGUUGCAUCAUUUGAGCGCGUGCUGUACACUUUUAUAAAAGAGGAGAUCGUCAUGGCGUCGAAGCACUAUGCGAGUCGUCCGUCGGUGGAUUUUCGUGCUAAAACUGCGUUAAAAGAUAUCAUCCCAUUGAUCCCAACGGACGAGCGGUACACAAUUCUGUCAGGUGGAGUGGCGUCGCUCUUACGACACGCUACCAAGUCGCUUGAAGAAACUCACCAGGUACUUAAAGAGCUACAGUCUGGAUACCAUCCCGAUCGAGAGAAGCAGUGGUCAAGGACCUCGGUUUUUCUAUUCGUGACAGUUCUAUUUCUACUGAGGAGGUUUCGCAUGCGCACGUCGUUCCGACAUUUCUUGCAGCAAGUCUUGCCGAACCGGCACAUGAUUAAGUGGGCAGUGCUGCUGGUGAUUGCUGGUGACUAUUGGAAUCGAGCCAUGUAUCGCUUUUCAAAUUUGAGACGAAUCAAGGUGCACCAUGCGCGCGUGCUGAUGGCAUUACGACUGUUUCUGCUGUGCCAGCACGUGCUACAACGCGCGCGGCCUAUCAGCAAUGCGUCCGACCAUCGACUUUUGAUUGAUAGCCCAAUGGAGGCGGACAUCGAUGAUGACCUAAAAAACGCGACCACGCUGCUGGUUGAGCGAGUGCCAUUACCUGCUGAGUUUUACGAUCGAUCUUCAGAGCCGUGGGGAUUUACCGUUUUCAAAAUCGGUACUAAUGUCCUAACUGCGUCCAGCGCUUUUGCGCAUUCAGUUUUGGGGACGCAGAACAAGGUUCUGCUAAAAUUUCUUGGCCUCCCACUUCUUGUGAUGGCGAUACCUUACUACGCGAUACGUAGUUCGAAAGCAGCACGGUACACAACACGUACGCUAAUUGACCAACCUAAUGUCGAAGUGAUUCGGAUGGGCUGGCAAGUAUUUGGCGAGUCCCGACUGCGCUCGGUCAAUGGACUCCGUGAAGGCUGGGACGUGGACAAAUGCAUGCACACCGUUGACUUCCCGAAUGACUAUUACAACUUAACACGUUGGGCACGUGUGCUGGGUGCUGUCAUCGUCUACGUCGAUUACGGUCUUGCACCCGAGAUUCAAUACCCGCACUCCAUGAAUCAAUGCUACACUGUGUACAAAUGGAUUCUCACCGGUGGACUAGGAUUCCAGCCCGGCAAGAUUGCGCUGUUUGGCGAAAGUGCUGGUGCCAAUAUGGGAGCAGCACUUUGCAUUCGAUGCAUCCAAGAUGGCAUGACCCUGCCAAGUGGAAACGUGUUCAUGUUUCCGGCUCUCAAUUUGCACUUGUCUCCAUCGCCGUCGCGUUUUAUUCACCAAAAUGACCCGGUGCUGCCGCGCGGCAUUCUUGAGCUAGCGCUCACGUCGUACUACCCUUCACAUGGGCAUUUGAAUCAGUACAAGCUCAACAUCCAUGACCCGUGCGUGUCUCCUGGACUGGCCGAAGAUUCAUUACUGAAAAUGUUUCCUCCAACGUCGCUUGUGGUCGGAGACCUGGAUCCAUUGCUGGAUGAUAGUGUCGACUUUUACACGCGGCUUUCUUUUCUGAAGGUGCAAUCCAGUUUGAAGAUUUACGCGGGACUUUCACAUGGUUUCCUGAUAUACGGUGAUUUAGUUCCGGAAGCGCAAAAGGCAAUCGAUGAGACUUGUGAGCGUGUGCAAAAUUGUCUUCGGUUGCGCUGA